GCUUGCCAUUCUUGGUGUCCUUCUCCUAAGGCUUCUUCCUGUGUAAGCGUAGGGAUCUUGCGUUAUAUAAGACGCCGGGGACAACCUCCGGGUCCUUUCUCGGGUAUUCGUCCGAACGUCCGUUGGCUGUUUUCUUGUAAGAUGACAAAAAAAAGAAGGAACAAUGGUCGUGCCAAAAAGGGCCGCGGCCACGUGCAGCCUAUUCGCUGCACGAACUGCGCCCGCUGCGUGCCCAAGGAUAAGGCCAUCAAGAAAUUCGUCAUUCGAAACAUAGUGGAGGCUGCAGCCGUCAGGGACAUUUCCGAAGCAAGCGUCUUCGACGCCUAUGUGCUUCCUAAGCUGUAUGUGAAACUACAUUACUGCGUGAGUUGUGCCAUUCACAGCAAGGUAGUCAGAAACCGAUCUCGUGAGGCCCGGAAGGACAGGACACCCCCUCCCCGAUUUAGACCUGCAGGUGCUGCCCCACGACCUCCACCAAAACCCAUGUAAGGAGCUGCGUUCAUAAGGCUGAAGAUAAACUAGUCUCUGGAAAAAAAAUAAAAUGGAAAUUCAACUUUA